AUGCCGCGUAAAAGCAUCAAUAGAUUCAAAAGCAUUACCAUCUCAUCUCAGCAGUUCAUGAAUUUCACUACUUCAGUUUCCCUCUCCUUAGUAAUCAUGGGGGUGCAGAGCAGCGAAGGCCAGGUGAUGUUCUCCUCCAUUGCCCGGCUGCAGCAGAGGUUGAGGGAGCUGGAGAGGAUCAGGGAGAAGCGGGAGGAGAGGCUUCUCCACAUGCUUGCCCCUCGCCCUGCGGCCACCGCCUCCCCGAGGGAGAUGCCCGUGAAGUGGUUCUUCCACCCGGAGCUGCUCUACCCGUGCAGGACGCUGCAUGACACCACUACCGCUGUCGCCGCCGCCUCCUUAUUCCCGGCCGUGCCAACCACUGUCUGUGAAUGUAAAAGCUUCCAGCCCCAUGGUGAUAGCAACCCCAUCGCGGUGGAGCUGUGGCCCAGUAAGACCUACAACUACAAACAUGUGUUACCAGAAAGAUGA